GUCAGCAUUAUCUUAACACUGCUGGUGCCGUACAAUGACAUUGAUACAGAAUCGCCCCUGAUGGAGAUGUUUGUUGCUCAUGGGUUUUACACGGCCAAGUUCAUAGUUGCUAUUGGAUCCGUUGCCGGGCUCACCGUGAGCUUGCUGGGCUCCCUCUUCCCAAUGCCUCGAGUAAUUUAUGCUAUGGCUGGUGAUGGUCUUCUCUUCAGAUUCUUGGCCCAUGUAAGCUCUUAUACUGAGACGCCUGUAGUAGCGUGCAUUGUCUCGGGAUUUCUAGCAGCACUCCUCUCCUUGCUGGUGAGCCUGAGGGACCUGAUAGAGAUGAUGUCCAUUGGUACUCUGCUUGCCUACACAUUGGUCUCCGUGUGUGUCCUCCUUCUGCGCUACCAGCCAGAGAGCGAUAUCGACGGCUUCGUCAAAUUCCUUUCUGAAGAGCACACAAAAAAGAAAGAAGGGAUUUUAGCUGACUGUGAAAAAGAAGUUUGCUCUCCAGUUAGCGAAGGGGAAGAUUUUGCCGGACCCCCCACCAACACCUGUGGCGCAAAGAACCUCCCUUCCUUGGGUGACAAUGAGAUGCUAAUUGGAAAAUCAGACAAGUCCACCUACAACGUCAACCAUCCCAACUAUGGCACAGUUGACAUGACCUCAGGAAUAGAAGCAGACGAGUCUGAAAACAUCUAUCUCAUCAAGCUGAAGAAAUUGGUAGGACCACGAUAUUACACUAUGAGAAUCCAUCUUGGACUGCCAGGGAAAAUGGACAGGCCUACAGCAGCUACAGGCCAGACUGUUACCACCUGUGUACUCCUGCUGUUUGUCCUUAUGUUCGUCUUCUGCUCUUUCAUUAUCUUUGGAGUGGACUAUCUUUAUGACCAAAGCUGGUGGGCUAUUCUUCUGGUGGUCCUCAUGGUUCUGCUGAUCGUUAUGUUGGUUUUUGUCAUACUUCAACAGCCAGAAAACCCCAAAAAGCUGCCUUACAUGGCCCCCUGCCUGCCUUUUGUUCCUGCAUUCGCUAUGCUCGUGAACAUCUAUCUCAUGCUGAAACUUUCAAAGAUCACUUGGAUACGGUUUGCCGUCUGGUGUUUUGUGGGGCUGCUGAUUUAUUUUGGCUACGGCAUCUGGAACAGCACGCUGGAAAUCACAGCUCGAGAAGAAGCUUUGCACCAAAGCACUUACCAGCGUUACGAUGUUGAUGUGGAUCCGUUCUCCAUUGAAGAAGGAUUGGACUCCGCUGGGAAUGAAAAAUAUCAGGACUGGGAUCCUGCUGAUGACAAAGGUUUCUCUUAUCAACAGAUGGCUGAAGGAAAGGAAAGCAGCCGGACAAGUAGCAAAUCAAAGAACAAAGCCAAACACAAACCGAACUCGGAUGCAUUGAUCUCCAAUGAUGAGUUAGACUACUCGCCAGAGUAGAUGCGAUAGAAACACAGCCAUGUCAUUUUAUUUUAUUUGGUCACUUGGGCUGAAAUUCAGGGGCUGCAUUCACACAACAACUGUUCAACCCAGUUACUGGAUUCACCCAUUUGGGGGACUAAUAGUAUGAACCACGAUGGCCUAACUCAGUAAGCAUUUCCACAACGUGGCAAGCUUCAUGAGUUUCAUGCAAGCUCAACAUAUUGUGCAAAUGCAUUUGUUAGGUCUUUAAUUGACCCAGUUAAGAGUGUUGUGUGAAUCGAGGCCACAACUUCU